AUGUCGUCUCUUUACACUUUUUCUCGUGCUUCAUCGCGCACGAUUCGAGCGACACAAUGGCGAGUGAACGGACAAGCAAGCUUCCUCUCCGGCAGGGCUCGGCCGUUAUCGGCCCAUGUUAAAGCGUUGCAUAGUGCACCUUCACGAAAGUCUUCAGCGGCGACCGCGACGGCGACGGCGAAUGCAAAGGACUCGACCAACCCGCCUAUGUCCUUUCCAUGCCUCGACGCACAGGACGCCAAAUCACAACAGCUCUCUGCGCGGUCACUACAGUCCGGACCCGAACCAUCGUAUACCUCCGGCCAACACGAGCGGUUUCAUUGUGAGGAGCCACUUCUGCUCGAUUGGGGUGGCAGACUGCAGGAAUUUGAUAUCGCAUACGAGACUUGGGGUCAAUUGAAUCAGAAUAAAAGCAACGUUAUCCUCUUGCAUACCGGAUUAUCAGCUUCGAGUCACGCACACAGCACAGCCGCAAAUCCCAAGCCGGGCUGGUGGGAGAAGUUUAUCGGACCGGGUCUGCCUCUGGACACAAACAAGUACUUUGUGAUUUGCACCAAUGUGAUCGGAGGCUGCUACGGCAGUACAGGGCCAUCCUCGGUGGACCCUUCAGAUGGCCAGCGGUAUGCGACCCGAUUUCCCAUAUUGACAUUGGAGGAUAUGGUUCGCGCGCAGUUCCGGUUACUGGAUUACCUGGGAAUUCAAAAGCUGGCUGCCUCGGUUGGAUCGAGUAUGGGAGGCAUGCAGAGUCUCGCCGCGGGCGUUCUGUUCCCCGAGCGUGUGGGCAAGAUUGUCAGUAUCAGUGGCUGCGCCCGAAGCCACCCGUACAGUAUCGCGAUGCGUCACACGCAACGCCAGGUAUUGAUGAUGGAUCCAAACUGGUCCCGCGGGUUCUACUAUGAUGCAAUCCCACCACACUCAGGAAUGAAACUCGCGCGGGAGAUUGCGACCGUCACCUAUCGCAGCGGACCCGAGUGGGAAAUGCGAUUUGGGCGUCGUCGUGCAGAUCCCAGCAAGCAGCCUGCACUCUGUCCUGACUUCCUCAUCGAGACAUACCUUGACCACGCAGGCGAAAAAUUCUGCCUGGAGUACGACCCGAACAGUCUUUUAUAUGUUUCCAAGGCCAUGGAUCUCUUUGACCUCGGCCAUGAGAAUCAAAGCCGAACCCGCCAUCGUCGGGCAGAGUCUGAGAUUCGCAUCGCUCGUGGAGAGGGCAUGCAGAAUCAGUCCGACCCUGCUUGCAGUCUGACCCUACCUGAUAAACCAUACGAAGAACAGCCUGAAGCUGCUGCCUCCGUUCCCUCUCCUGAUCAAAAGGUGUCAUCCGUGGAGUCCAAUGGGCCUCCGAAGGACCUCGUCCGGGGCUUGGCUCCUCUGAAAGACCACCCCGUCUUGGUCAUGGGCGUUGCCAGUGACAUCCUUUUCCCUGCGUGGCAGCAGCGCGAAAUUGCAGAGACUCUUCGUGCAGGCGGCAAUAAGAAUGUUGAGCAUAUAGAGCUUGGCGAGGACCUCUCGUUGUUUGGUCAUGAUACAUUCUUGCUAGAUCUCAAGAACAUCGGUGGCGCGUUGGGCCGAUUUUUGGAAUAA